UUGGCAGGUAAAAUUUCUUAGUCAUUUAGAAGAGGGGCUUUUACCCGUAGUUUUCUUCAGUUGUAACCCGUGAUUUUAUCAACAUGUCUCAUGAUGAACUUUGUGAAAGUCUAUUAACCUGGGUACAAACUUUUAACUUAGAAGCCAAUCCAGAGACGGUAGAUGAGCUGACAGAUGGAGUCGCUCUCAGUCAGAUUCUGUGUCAAAUAGCACCCAAUUUCUUCAAUGCAGGAUGGUACGGGAGGAUAAAAAAGGAAGUUGGGGAUAACUGGCGAAUACGAGUCAGUAACCUCAAGAAAGUAUUGGAAGGCGUUUUAGACUUCUACAACGAUGUUUUGGGGCAACAGAUUCGAGAUUUCAAGCAUCCUGAUGUCUCGAAGAUCGCUGAAAGGCGUGACCUUGCAGAGAUGGGUCGAUUACUGCAAUUGGUGCUUGGGUGUGCGGUGAACUGCGAACAUAAAGAAGAAUACAUCAACGUAAUCAUGGGAAUGGAGGAGUCAGUUCAGCACGCCGUGAUGAACGCCAUCCAGGAGCUGAUGUCCAAAGAAAUGCCCUCCAGCGAGCCUCCUCCCGAGGCCUACGCUGAGAUAGAGCGUCAGCUAAAAAGGACCAUGGAUGAUCUCCAGCACGCCCUGCUGGACAAGGAGGAGGUCCUGCAACGAUGUCAUGAACUGGAUGUUCAGGUCGCUACCAUGACGGAGGAGAGGAAUACUUUACAGAUCGAGAAUGAGCACCUACACCAGAGGCUCGACCAAGGCGACAGCGUGGACGACCCAAGCAAAAAAAGUGCAAAGCCAGAAGAUCAAAUCAGUACCCCAGCGGGACGGAGGCACCAGCACCUUCAGCAAACAGUGGAAGAGUUCCAAGAAGAGAACUUCCGGCUGGAAAACCAAAAAGACGAUCUCCAGAUCAGAGUUGACAUUCUGGAGAGGGAGGUGAUUGAGAUAUCCCAGAAAAAUGAGCAGCUAACAAGUCUUGCGGAGGAGGCAAGAGCCUUGAAGGAUGAAAUGGACGUCUUGCGGCACACAUCAGACAAAGCCUCGAAGUACGAGAUGGCAAUAGAGACUUACAAGAAGAAGCUGGAGGACCUCGGUGACCUGAAGAGGCAGGUCAAGCUUCUGGAGGAUAAAAACACGAUGUACAUGCAGAACACAGUGGAACUAGAAGAGGAACUAAAAAAAGCAAGUGCCUUAAAGUCGCAGCUUGAGAAUUACAAACGGCAAGUGCACGAGCUCCACGCAAAAGUCUCAGAAGAAACCAGGCGAGCUGACAAGGCAGACUUUGAAGGCAAGCGACAACUUGAAAGAGUUGGUCAGAUGCAAACAGAACUAGAGCGGUUGAGAGUUGAGCGAGAUUCACUCCGAGAAACCAAUGAUGAGUUGACCUGCAACCAGCUCGCUGGCAAUGUCGGUAUGGGUUUGUCACCCGACAGGCCAUCCAGCCCGGGCAGCCCCUUGUCCUCGGGAUUUGCUGAUAUGCUUCCUUCAGAAAUAAGAGAAAAGAUCAUCCGCCUUCAGCACGAGAACAAGAUGUUGAAAUUGAAAGCAGGAGAGUCAAGCGACGAAAACACACAGCUGUUACAGAGCCUUCUGGAUGACUCAAACGCCAGACGGAACGACCUAGAGUCGGAAAACAGGAUUUCCAAUCAGCGAAUUCUUUCACUGGAAGUGGAGGUUGAAGAGCUGAAGCUGCAACAAAGGGAAGAAGGCGUAUCGACGUCAGUCGUUGGAGAGUCUUCCCAGAAACAAAGCCAAGAGUUUAAUCAAGAUCUGAGACUGAAGCUGAAUGAGCACAAAGAGAAGCUACGUGAGACCGAUACUGAACUUCGACGCAACAGAUCCUACAUUGAUGAUCUGGAGCCCAAGUAUGUAACAAGCUCCGGUCAGGUGACCAAGCUCCAAGACAUGCUGAACAAGAAAGAGGAGGACAUGCACGCCAUGGAGGAGCGCUACAAGAAAUACCUGGAGAAGGCUAAGAGCGUGAUUCGAACCCUGGACCCUAAACAGAGUCCGGCAAGCACUAAUGAGAUACAGCUCCUUAAGACGCAGCUUCAUGAGAAACAGAAAAUCAUCGAGCACUUGGAGCAUGAGCGAGAGAAAUCGAAGGUAAUGAGAGAUGGGGAGGAAAAGCUUAUAGUUUCAGCUUGGUAUAAUAUGGGUAUGCACAUGCACCGUAAGGCGGCUGAGGACAGGCUAGCAAACUCCUCCACCGGUCAGUCAUUCCUUGCCAGGCAACGUCAAGCCUCCAACCGACGCUCGCAAGCCAUCAUCAGUGGCCACACCUCAAAUACCACUAGGUGAAAUGGUCACAACCCCCCCCCCCCCCCCCCCCCAACCCAAGCUGUCAUGCCACUGUCAAGCUAAGGUAUCCCCGCCCUCGAUGAAGAUACUAACAGGCAAUUGAUGUUAUCACAUAGAUUCAUUAGGAAUGUUCAUUAAAACUUCAGCAAAGAUCAAGUUCGUCUGUUUCAGACGUAGAACUUUUCGUGAACUGAACUCAGAAUUUGGUUCUGCGUGACUCUGGAGCGCUUGUCUAAAACGGGUGUUACCGAUGCCAUUGCAAAUGCGCAGUUGGUGUCGGGCACUGAAAACUAUUGGACACUGGUGACGCCCCCCUCCACCCCCAGCCCACCAUUAGCACUAUUAUCACGUCACGUUGUAGUUGACUUGCAGGUGAGACUAUACACCGAUCAUAUCUCAGGACGAUACUUUCAAGUCUAAAGAAUUAGGAACCACUUGUUGACUUGUAUUAAAGGCACUGGACACCUUUGGUAAAUUGGUCAAAGACUAGUAUUCUUACUUGGUGAAUCCCAACA